GUUAAUAAACGACUUUCGACACGUGCGGUUCAUGUGAAGACGGAAAACGGUGACAUUUUUGUUUAACAAAAAUUGUCUGUUAAAAAUAAAAAAACAGUUAAAAACAAACAAUAAAACUAGUUACAACAAAAAGAGAGUGAAUUUAGUGAAGCAAUAGAAACAAAAAAAAAAAAAACUAACACGACAUUUACAAAAAUAAAAAAACAACGGUUUUUUACAUAGAAAAACUAAAAAACAGAAUAAAAGUGAGGAGUGACUACUACAUACUUAUAAAGUUUUUCUAUUUACCACAAUUUUUUUAUAAAAUCAACAAUUAAUUCAUUAUCAUGAAAUUUUCUAUGGGAAUGUAAUCCUACCCCCAACUUGGUAGAGUUGUAUUCAGAUUGCAAAUUAUAUCAUAAACGAAAUAAAUCAACAACAAAAAAAAACUUGAGUGAAAAUAUUAAAAAAAAAAAUCGAAAGAAAAAAUGUUAAGCAGGAGGUGUGUUUUGAGUUGCUGCGUCAGACCAUAAUGCACCAGUGACUUUCUUUUCCAUUAAAAUUUUUUUUCAACAAUUUCUACGAAAAAAAGUGAAUUUAUAAAAGAAAUUUUUAAAUAAAAAUACAAGUGUUUUUUUAAUAAAGAAAAUCCCCCAAAAAAAGUUAAAAAAUAAAUGAAAGAAAGAAAAAAAUGUUAGUUCCGUGUUUAAACAUGAUUAAAAAUUGAAUUAGUGCAUAAAUUAAAACAACAAAUUUGUUACUAAUAAUAUUAAUAAGAAAUUCAAUUAAUAAAAGAAUUAAAUUUAAAGUUUUCAAAUCAUAUUAAAUGUUGUGCAAAAUAAAAUAUUAAAAAAAAAGCUGUAAACUUAUUAAUUUUUUUAUUAUAAACUUUUACUCUUGCAACAAGUCACUACACUACAUUUGUAUUUUGUUGCCCAACAAACAACACACAGAAAACUUGUAGAGAAAAAAAAUGGAUACAACCACUUCAAGUAUUGAUACUGCCAACAGCAGUGGCAUGAGCACAAUGAGCAGCAACAACAGCAGCGGCAGCAGCAACACAAAUGCAACAGAUACCACAGAUGGUUUGCCGUUUUGUUUUAUACGGGGUUCUGAUCCUCGAGCUGCCACAUGUCGUGGAAAAUUACAAAGUCGUCGCUGUAAAUUAAAUCAGGAAAUCAACAAAGAAUUACGUUUACGAGCCGGUGCUGAAAACCUCUUUAAGGCAACCACAAAUCGUAAAUUACGUGAUACCGUAGCUCUAGAAUUGAGUUUUGUCAAUUCAAAUUUACAAUUAUUAAAAGAACAAUUGGCUGAAUUAAAUUCAUCAGUGGAAAUUUAUCAAAACAAUAGUCAAGAUGGUGUAAUGCCCAUGAUACCAUUAGGUUUAAAAGAAACAAAAGAAAUUGAUUUUAUGGAACCGUUUUCCGAUUUUAUACUAGAACAUUAUAGUGAAGAACCAUCAAUGUAUACAGAUGCUAUAGCCGAUAUAACAGAUACAAGACAGGCCUCCAAAACACCCAGCCGCGAUAGUCAGGGUGUGGCUUUACUCUUUCGCUACUACAAUUUAUUGUAUUAUGUUGAAAGACGUUUCUUUCCACCAGAUCGAAAUUUAGGUGUCUAUUUUGAGUGGUAUGAUUCGUUAACCGGCGUCCCCUCUUGCCAACGCACAAUUGCCUUCGAAAAGGCCUGUACUCUUUUCAAUUUGGGUGCCAUUUAUACACAAAUCGGUGCCCGUCAUGAUCGUACCACAGAAAAGGGUCUGGAUGCCGCUGUCGAUAGUUUUCUACGUGCUGCCGGUAUAUUUCGUCACAUUUACGAUACCUUCACCAAUGCACCCUCGAUGGAUUUGAAACCGCAGGUUUUGGAUGUUUUGGUAUCGUGCAUGUUGUCGCAGGCACGUGAGUGUCUGUUCGAAAAGUUGCAAUUACAAAUCGAGUCAUUGGGUUUAACGGAAUCGAGUCAUCUUUUUAAAGAUUUAGCUGGCGAAGCAGCACAACUAACACAAGAGUACAAUGAAAUGCACAAAAAUAUACAAUUAAAUGAUACCCAUACAUAUUUGCCUGAAUGUUGGGCUGGUCUAGUGCCACUCAAAGCUGAAUAUUAUAAAGCUCUGGCUCAUCAUUAUGAAGCUCGUAGCAUAGAUGCCAAGGAUGACAAAGCUUCCUUGAGUACCAAAAAAAGUCAAGCCACCUCAAAUGAAUCGUUUAUUGGUAAUGCGCGGGAGGCGAUGCGCUGUGCUGCCGAUGACAGCGAUGAGGAGUGCACAAGUUUGGCGGCCUUAAAACGGGCACAUUUAAAAGAAGCAAUGGCUAGUCAUGAAGAAACACAACGUCUGCAGCGCAUGUGUCGUUAUUUAAAGAAUAAAAUGUCUCUAACACAAGUCGUUAAGGAAGCCCAGUAUAAGACACAAGAUGAAUUGGAAAAGUUAUAUGAAGAAAUGCCAGAGAAUGAAAUCGAUGAGGUGUUCGAUAUCAGUCAAGUAGAAGCCUGCUCUAAGUUUACUUUAACUUUAACUGGUCCCGAUUUUACUUCGUACAAAAUUGAAGAUCCCUUUAAACGUUUGGGUCCCAUUGCCAUUUUCUCUGCCCGGCGUCAUUGGACCGCACCACGUUGUGUACGCCUACAAAAGGGUUCUUCGAUUUAUCAUGAUGGUACCCAUUAUCACUGUCAUUGUCCAUCGCCUUCCGAGGGUCAUGAGGUGGGCUGCAGUUUGUAUAAAGAGGAAUUGGAAAGUUUUGGUUUUCAUGUUCAAGGUGAUUCACCGGUUAUGAUUGCUCACGUCGAGAUUAAUUCUCUAGCUGAUAUGGGUGGCAUUAAGGAGGGUGAUUUUAUUGUCGAAAUUGCUGGCAUUGAUGUUAAAUGGUACUUGCAUCAACAGGUGGUGCGUUUAAUACAAUCAUGUGGUUCCACACUGGAACUGAAAGUCAUUACGCCCAUGGAUAGGAAUUAUUUAAAACCUUUAUCAUCAAAGGGUUCGAUUUCCACAUUAUCUGCUGCUAGUUCUUCGGGUGUUUCAUCGGGUUCAUCCAGUCCCACUGGCACCACUACGAAACCCAAAAUACGCUGUAAGUCUACAUCAAAAACACGAGUUGGUAGUGUUUCAUCAUCAUCUUGGAAUCCAUUUCGACGUACACCUAGUUUAGCUAAGAUAUUUUAAGAUUUUUUUUUU